GGGAGAAGUGGAUGCCGCCUCCCGGUGCCAUCGCUGUUCCCCGCCCGCUGCGGCCGGCAGCUUUUAAAUGCGGACCCGCGGCCGGCGGGGCAGGAGACGACACCAUGGGGCGGGCACUCGGUACCCUCGGCUGCUUGCUGCUGCUGUUGCCGUUGCUGCCCGCCGUGCCGGGCUCCCCGCACCGCCUACGCCGGCAGCCGCGGCCGGGCGGGCGCCUCUCCGGGAGCCAGGCGGCAGACACUGCCUGCAAGAACCGUCCCCUAGACCUUGUCUUCAUCAUAGACAGUUCCCGUAGUGUCCGACCUGAGGAGUUUGAGAAAGUGAAAAUCUUUUUGUCAGAAAUGAUUGAUACUCUGGAUAUUGGUGAGACAACAACCCGUGUGGCAGUCAUGAACUAUGCUAGCACUGUCAAAGUAGAGUUUCCCCUCCGGACAUACUUUGAUAAAGCAUCUAUGAAGGAGGCAAUAUCUCACAUUGAGCCCUUGUCUGCUGGCACAAUGACUGGCCUUGCCAUCCAAACUGCCAUGGAGGAAGUCUUCACUGAGGAAAUGGGCACACGGCCAGCAAGCUUCAAUAUCCCCAAGGUAGUCAUUGUUGUGACAGAUGGACGACCACAAGACCAGGUUCAAGAUGUGGCAGCAAGUGCCCAGACAGCUGGCAUUGAGAUCUACGCAGUUGGGGUAGAUCGGGCAGACAUGCAGUCCCUGAGAACCAUGGCCAGCGAACCACUGGAUGAACAUGUCUUUUAUGUGGAGACCUAUGGUGUGAUCGAAAAGCUGACAUCCAAAUUCAGAGAGACUUUCUGUGCUGCAAAUGUGUGUGCACUUGGGACCCAUGACUGUGAGCAUGUCUGUGUGAGCAACGGCGAAUCCUACCUUUGUGAUUGCUAUGAAGGCUACGCUUUGAACUCAGAUAAGAGAACCUGCUCAGCUGUGGACAUGUGUGAACCUGGAAGGCAUGAUUGUGACCAGAUCUGCAUGAGUAACAAUGGAUCCUAUGUCUGUGAGUGCUAUGAAGGCUACACCCUGAAUCCAGAUAAGAAGACUUGCUCAGCCAUGGACAUGUGUGCACCUGGGAGGCAUGACUGUGAGCAAGUCUGUCUGAGUAAUGAUGGAUCUUACAGCUGUGACUGCUAUGAAGGGUACACUCUGAAUCCAGAUAAGACGACUUGCUCAGCUGUCGAUAUGUGUGCUCCUGGAAGGCAUGACUGUGAGCAGGUCUGCCUGAGAGAUGACCUUUUCUAUACAUGUGACUGCUACCAGGGCUACACCCUGAAUCCAGACAAGAAGACUUGCUCAAGAGCCAUAACGAGCAGUCUCAUAACAACUGAAGAGUCCUGUAAGUGUGAAGCCAUAGCUGCUCUGCAGGACUCAGUCACCUCACACCUUGAAGCUCUGUCAACAAAAUAUAUCCUUUUUCUUACAUGAUAUUCAGCUCUUCAUUGGUACUUUAGAAGUAGCAGUUUUGGCAUAAGCCAGGGAAAGCACAUCCUUCAAAGCAGCAUUUUCAUAGUGAUUUUAGAAGUGGAGCAAAAUCUUGGUUAUUGCAAAUACCACUAUGUUUUCAUUUCAUUGAAGGGCUUUAGUAUCAAGAUGCAGAUAAAACACAUACACUUACAUCUCCGAGGUUAAAUCUGCUGUGCAGAACAUGGGUUUAUUUGUAAUUCUUCCAAAUGACUUUUAUAGCAAAUGCUUAGUUUUGAGUCCUUCUAUUAUGUACCAAAAUUUUAAAGACAGCUUCA